UUCCUGUUUUUGGACAGAAUAUAUACUAGCUACAAAGCUGCUUCUUCUUCUUCUCCGUCUCUACCGGCUGUUACUGUAAAUGAGCGGCGGUGUCCCUCUGCGCUAGAAUGGCUGACUGAGACACACACUUAAGAAUGCAGCUCUUUGCUUGCUGGAGUCUGUCAACUGAGAGAGCCUGCUUGAAUGGUUUGUAGACGCCACAGAGGAGACGUUGCAGUCGGUCGGGGAGCAAAGAAGAGAGGAGCGAGGGUGAUUGUUUUAGUUCAAUGAUCCAACGGUGACGUCAUGGUGUCCGCUAGGCAUCAGGGUUGGCACUUUAUUUGGGGCAGUGAAAUAUAAAAAGGGGCAUUUUGGUGUAUAAAAUGAAGUCAAGUGUUUGAAAUUGGCUGAGUAGAUGAAAGCAAAAUGAUGCUUGGUGUUGUAAAACAUGCGAAAGUCUUCCUACGUAAAGAAAGUACAAAUAAUACGCAUGGCCGAAAGAGAGCAGAAGGAAAGCGGAAUCUACAGGGCAAUUACACUAAAUCACGAUGUAAAAAACAAACAAACAUCAUUUCAAAUGUUUUAUCAAAGUGUGCCUGAAAAGUGGAUUUAUGGUUGUGGGAAAUUGUAGCUUGCAGUGUGGCGCCAUCACGUGGAAACUCAACAUAUGAUCGGGACAAGCCAAAGUUUCAACAUGGCUCCCUAGCAACCAGACGCUCCUGCUUGGACACAGGCUGAUGCCAAACAUAGCUGCUGGUCCACAGAGUUUGUGUUUGAGUUUAAGUCCACAGAUAUUAUGUAAUUCUAAGGCGGACAAUGAUGUUAAUUUUGUCUGGCAUGCAAGGUUUAGUUUUAAAGGAUAUUUUCUGCGUUGACUGACGUGAGUUAAUAUAUGCAUCUAUCGUUAGCUAGCUAGUGAAGUAGCAUUACUUUAAGGCUAGCGGAUUUAGCAUGAAUGUGUUUUUUUUUACUAUCCUCAUCUAUCUGUUACCAUACUUGCCCUAUUAAUAUGACGGCAUGGGUUUUUGUUGUUGGUUCAAAUAGACAACUAGAAUAAAGUUUGAUAUAUGCAUUACAAGAUCAAAUUACUUAAUUUGGAGUGGUCCCAGCUGCAGUAGGCAUUCUUUGAAGGCAGAAAAGCUAUGAUACAGAGUGAGAAACAAAAGCAUCCCGGUGAUGAGGAGGUAGUCAAAGAACUGUGCAUGGCCAAUGGGGUGUGCUAUGAAAAAAUUGCACAAGAACGAAGCAAUGUAAGCUCCCUGGAGAUCUUCUUCUCUGGUUUUCCUCGCAUGGUUGGACUUUCCUUCUUCCCAAGGCUCUGCCAGCUGACCAUAGUGGGCCAGAAUAUAAAACACAUUGAAGGACUUGAGUGCUGUCCCCUGCUUCGGGAGCUCUGGGUAGUCCAGUGCGACCUGACAGGAGUAGCUGGACUACAGAACUGUGUACAACUAGAGAAACUCUACAUUUAUGAUAAUCACAUCUGUGAGAUAAAUCAUUUAGAAUUGCUUAUCAACCUAGAAGUGUUGUGGCUUAACAACAACUGCAUAACUAAAAUCCAGGGCUUGGACAUGCUUCAAAACCUCAAAGAACUAAACCUCGCUGACAACGAUAUUGAAAAGAUUGGGCAUAGCCUUGAUCCUAACGUCGGCCUUCGGAAACUUAAUCUGUCUGGAAACAAGAUCAGCUCCUUUAAAGAGCUGACUCUGCUUGCCUGCUUACCCCAUCUGAGAGAACUAGCCCUGAAGGACCCAACGUCAUCUCCAAACCCAGUGUGUCUGCUCUGUAACUACGCCACACAUGUCCUUUACCACAUGCCAGGCCUCCAGCUGCUUGACACCUAUGACGUCUCGAGCAAGCAAGUCAAGGAUGCAGCUGAGUCGACAGUAAUGAAGAAAAUGAUGUACUACAACAUGCGUGUACGUACUGCUCAGAGAAACCUGGCAGAGAUCCGGCUGAGUCUAAUAGAGAGGAAGGAAACCAUGUUACAGUUACCCGAAGACUGCAUCAGAACACUCAAUCACGCCCUAAAGAGUCUUGAACGUGAGAUGCCGGCUAGUUGUAAGAAGUCCGCCUGCACGAUGGAGGACGGAUCCACUCACUUGGUUGAAGGUUCAAUCGACAGAAGUGACAUAACCGCUGACAUCAGUCCGGCUAUGGAGCACAAAAUACUCAGCAAGAUUGAAGCACUGAGGGAGAGACUACAGCUGUGGACCAGGAGGCUGAAGGAGAUUGAAGACUGGUACGAGCGGGUUUGGACACAAGCCACAAGCAUGAUGGAAUAUAGAGUUCAGUUUCUGCUGAUGGAGCUGGAAAGUGUUGGAAAUAUUCGUUUGGAAGAAGGCUGCUCGACUGACGCUUGGUUUACUACCUGUUGCGACCUCCUGCAUUCCCGCUUCUCUCAUUCAGACUUUAAGGUUCACAGCAUCACUGGUAUUAAGGUCAACAGACUCAUCCGCAUCCACAACAUUGCUUUGAGGCUUCGCUUUGAAGACAAACUUCACACCCUUUUAGCAAGCGAAGAGUCGGCUCUCUCUUCACACAAUUACAAACGUCGGCUGGAGCACUUGUUCUAUGUAGCAGACUGUGAAAACAAUAACGGGAGAGAAGACAGUUUGUGCAUCGUAGAGGAAGGCUUCAAAACAUCUGAACAGAAUGAGGCCUUGGAAAAAGACAGUGCCAUACCUUUAUCCAACAGCCUGAGUGUGGCUGAACAGCCCAGAAUUGAACACACUCUGGGCCGGGCCAGCCAAGAUUCAAAGCUCAAUACGGACCGGAUCCCCUUCAGGCACGGUCAGAUUAUUGUUUCCAAAGUGUUUGUGGGCCACAGCACGCCUCUCAGAGAGGGAGACCCAUUGGACAGAAGCAGAUAUCCAAAAGUGAUUUCUGUGUAUCGCAAUGUGGACGCUAAGCACAGAAGUGCAGUCAGUGAAGAGAGACCUCGCUCCACUAAAACACACACUGGUCCUGAGUGCAGUCCCAGACGAAGACAAUGGUUUGUGUUUGACCAUGAGCUUGUCCUGCCCGAGUACAUCAUUUACUUUGAAUAUAUCAGCGCGGAUCAAGUACAACCACACAGCACAGGCAGAGAUGAAACUCCGUCAAACGAUAUAAUCCUGGACAGGGAAGUCCUCAACAUGGACCCUGUGCUGCCGCCGCAGCCCAAGCUGUUGAGCUUGGAUGACAAAAUUCUACUUAACGUGGCCCGAGCCAACGUCCUCAGUCAAAUCACUGUGCUGAACCUUCACGGCAACAGUCUGAGUAAAAUAAAGGAGAUUUCCCAUCUCACAGCUCUACGGCAUCUUACCAUCAGCUUUAAUGAGUUCACACACCUAGAGGACAUUUCUCACAUGCCCAACCUUGAGUUUUUGGACGCUAGCUACAAUCGCAUUGUGACUCUUGAAGGGCUGAAGCGGUUGGGACAACUCAAACAGCUCGACCUGCGCUGGAACAAGCUGACCAAGGCCAGAGAGGACACGGCUGUGCUGAGGAAACACACACCAGCCCUGCUGAAGCUGGACACCAGAUACAAUCCCUGGAACUGGCCAGAAGCAGUCAGAAUGACCAUACUGGGCCGCCUCACGACCCUCACACACCUGGACGACAUGAUGGUGGCAGAGGAGGAGGCUGCUUGUGCUGUUCAGAUGGCUGCUGGAUCCAAAGUUACCCAGGCAUCUCUUCUGGCCAACUCGCGAACCAACAGUGAUCGUCCCCGCAGUCUCAGCCUGCUGUCAACAGCCCAGCUCCUAUGUUCUUUCAGUCCUGCAGCCUCGGGCCUCAACCAAGAGCUGGAGCCAGACUGGACAGCAAAAAUCACUGUGCUGAACUUUGACAACCAGAGGAUUUCCAAACUGAUAAAUCUGAAUAAGCUGGUCAAUCUUCGCUGGGCUUCCUUUAACGAUAAUGACAUUUCUAAAGUGGAGGGUCUGGAGAGCUGCUUGAAGCUGGAGGAGCUUUCCCUCAACAACAACAGCAUAAGCACACUAAAUGGGAUAUCAAAACUGCAUUGCCUUAAUAAACUGAGUGUUGAUGGGAAUCAGCUGACUAGUCUGGAUCCUUCAGUCCUAGAACAGCUGCCCAACUUGUGUUUUCUGUCUGCGGAGAACAACUCUGUCAGUUCCCUGCAUGGGAUCCACAGAUUCCGCUCUCUUCUUGAGCUCUACAUUGGCAACAACCGCAUCUCUGCAUCACGAGACAUCUACUUUCUAAAGGGAUUGACAAACCUCAUCAUUCUGGAUCUUUAUGGGAAUCCUUUACUGGAAAAACUGGAAAACUAUCGGAUUUAUGUGGUGUUCCAUCUACCCUCCUUAAAAGCUCUAGAUGGCGUUGCAGUGGAGGUAACUGAGUGUGAAAGUGCGAAGGAUAUGUUUGGAGGAAGACUCACCCCUGACAUGGUGGCAGAGAAGCUGGGCCACUCAAACUACACAGACAUCACCUACCUCACCCUGCAGUCCUGCUCCAUCAGGAUUGUUGAUCUGUCUCCAGCAGACUUGUUCUGUAGCCUGCUCAGUGUCAACUUAGACCACAACAACCUCACCUCCUUCUCUGGCCUCAUUUACCUGCCUAAUAUCAAAGCUCUUUGUCUGAACUACAACCACAUCGAGUCCAUCCUGCCCAGACAGAAGACUCAGGCUCCUCUGACAAACCGACAGAUUCUGUACAGCAAAGUUCACUCCAGCGGUUACGGCCAACCCAGCCCAUCUAAAGGGAAAGGGGAAACUGGGCCCACUGGCAGUCUGGAGCCACUGAUGGGCAGCCUGGAGGUUCUGCAUUUGAGUCACAAUGGCAUCUCCAAUAUGGCCAAUCUGCAGCUCAGCAGGCUCACCAAUCUUAAAGCACUCUUCCUUCAAGGUAAUGAUAUCAGCCAGGUGGAAGGAUUGGAGGGGCUUCGUCAGCUACGAGAGCUUGUGUUAGACAGGAACCGGAUUAAAGCUCUGGCUGAGAACUCUUUCAUAGCCCAGAACGUCCUGUUGGAGCUGCACCUAGCAGAGAACCGGAUCCGGGAGCUCAACCAUCUCGACUCUUUGACUGAGCUUCGCAAGCUCUUCCUUGGCAUAAACAAGCUGCAGGACAUCACAGAGCUUGACAAACUAGAAGUUCUUCCUUCGCUGACUGAGCUCUCUGUUGUUGGCAAUCCUGUGGCCAAAAACUCUCUCCACAGACCAGUAAUAGUACUCCGCCUGUCCCAGCUGCAGGUCCUGGACGGAGUGAUGGUCACGCUGGAGGAAAAGACGAGGGCUGAACUCUUCAAUGCUGAGCCUUCACCUUGUGCCCAAUACCCUGGAGCUUCUCUUCCUACCAAUGAAAUAAACCUCCCUGGACUGCUACCCCUUGUGCCUCGGAACACCGCUCUCAGAGGAAUGACUAUAAGUGGAGGCCUGCAGAACUUUAUGCACGGACACGACAUCCUGCCGAGCAACAUGGACGAGUCUCACUACACUUUCAAGCACAAAAAGCACAAGCACAGCAAUGCGGUUCGCAGCGGCCAAAGUGACAUCACCUUAAGACACAUUCGAAGAACAGUAAGCAACCUGCCAGCCGCAGGCCAGCUUCAUGAUGGGAACAGUGUCAUCAUCACAUAUCCAAGCCAGGAGCAAGACAGCAGAUAUCCAAAUGGUGGCAAACCUCCACCCAUGUAGCAGCAACUGGAGGUGGAGCAUGAAGGUGAAUCAAAGAUGAACACAUGUGACUGUGUAGUCAUAAAUCAUAAUUUGUUAGGGCCUUAUAUUUUGAAGGUGGUGUUUUUGUAAGUGUGCCUUAAUGUAUAUCUGCAUGCAAUUGCAUUUUUGAUGAAGAAGUAGAAAAAUAAAAAGGCAUCAGAUAAUUCCAGUGCCUUUUUCUGACCUAGCUUUAACUUCCUGUAAACUUGUAUUGAUUUAUUUGUUGCUGUUAACAAAUCAAUAAAUCACCUUUUCCACUC